CGCUGUGAUCCAAUAUCACGGAUUAAUAUUAAUCUGUGUCCAAUAUAGGCCUUCGUGCAACCAUAGUAUCUAUGUCCGCGGUGUAGAUAGUCCGUCGUUGUUGAUCAUAUCAAUCGUCAACAGCUUACAUAUCUUACUGUCCGUGUAUAUGGCAAAUAUUAUAAAUGGUAGUAUUUGUUCACAGACUCGCGGUGGUACCUACUAUUAUUCUGUUGAAGUACGUCUACUUUACGGAUACAUAACUAUAAUAAAUCUUUAGUUUUUAUUUUUAUUCAAAAAAUAUUAAAGAUACUUUUUAAUCAAUAAUAACCAUCACGUAGAUGUUAAGUGUUUAAUACUCUCGUCAAUUCGGUUUCAAGUUCGACAAAAUGUUGGUCCAGUAAAAUGCAAAUAAGUCCGUUUGUAAAUUCUAUUUAAAAAACAAACAUGGCUUCAUCGAGUAAAAGUUUGGGACCAUAUAAAAUCAGUCCUGAAGAAUUAGAGGAACAAAGGCGCCAACUUAGAUGUAUUAACAGGCGGUGUAGAUAUGGUGAUACUUUAGUUGAAGCGGUGAAAAUGGCAUGCUCUUACUAUGAUGUUGAUUACAAGCCGGGCAGAGAAGUUUGCUUAAAGUGUCUUACUAAAUGUCUUAAACAUUAUAAAUAUCUCGAAGGAAAAUGGAAGGAAGGAAAAUGUGUUAUGGACUCCAGUUUUCCAAGUUAUGAUUCAUACUUAAUUAUUGAUUCAUCUUCAUGUGAAAGUUCUGAUGAUUAUGAUGAUGAGGAAGAGCCAAGACCUGGUACUUCUAGAGAUGGUUUACUUCCUGACAAAGAUGUUAAAAAUGCUAUUGAUAGUGCAGUUUUACAUUAUUUUGAUAAAAACAAAUAUCUCAUUGAUCAUCAAGUUAAAAAAUGUGAUGAGUAUAUGACUCGUGGAAUAGAGAAAUGUUUGAUGGAUGCAGAACACAUUGAGACACUUGCUUCGGAGUUAGAAAAUGAAAUGAAUUCAUUAAGAAAUGAAUUAUAUAAUCCAUAUCAACCAAUUAUAACGUCCUUAGAUCCUGUAGACAUAAAUGAUUUGGAGGAAAAUAUAGAAGAGGAAAAUGAAGAAGACCUCAUAAUACCUAUUGAAGAUCAGUUACCUAUAGAAGAAGUCAUUACUCCUAAAGAAGCCAAAAGACUUAGACUAGAUAAAUCUGAUAAGGAAGAUAUUAUUACUAUUAAUAGAACUGUUUGUCCUAUACCAGCUAAUCUACCUAUGGAAGGACCUUUAGAAUAUCCUCCUCUUGAAAGUGGACAAACUGUAUAUGCAAUGAAGUCAACUUUAAUACAACCAUGGUAUAGGUGUAAAAUCAAAACAUUAAUUAAUAUUGAUUAUGUACAUGUAAAAUUUGAAAACGAUGAAAAAUUAGUGACAACAAAAGAAAUUGCAUUCUGUACACUGAAUCCAGUAAGGUUUCCUGUGGGUUGCAGAGUAAUCGCUAAAUAUACAGAUCCUAAUUAUCGACAUGUUGAUGAAUUUUAUGCUGGUGUAGUAGCUGAACCCCCAAAAAUGCUUAAUGAAUUUCGAUACUUGAUUUUUUUUGAUGAUGGUUAUGUUCAAUAUCGACAACAUCAAGAUAUCCGUUUAACUGCACGCAGAUCAAAUCAAGUAUGGAAUGAUGUACACUUGGAUUCAAAAGAAUUUAUAAAAAGUUAUUUAGAAAAGUAUCCUGAACGUCAAAUGGUUAAGUUGACUAAUCAACAUUCAGUACGUGCAGAAUAUAAAAAUCAGUGGCAGAUGGCAAAAGUGCUUGAAGUUGAUUCAUCUUUAGUCAAAUUAUAUUUUCCCGAUUUCAAAUUUAGUGAAUGGAUCUAUCGUGGUUCUUUACGUUUAUAUAAUAUUUUUGAAAAACAAACCAAGUCUGAGAGAGGCAUUCGAUUAAGGCAAUCUGGACUAGCUUAUUUAAAUAAACCAUUUGUGGAAUUUACUAGUGUAGAAGAAGAACCCUGCCGUAAUUUAGCUAAAAUUGGUGUAGCUCGUAAAAGUACCAGCAAAUCAACAGCACAAGGAGAUGGAACUAUAGGUGAUGGAACUAAUUUUAAUACUAAAAGUAUUAAAAAUAAAUCUAAUUUUUCAAAGAUUAUUGAUAUAAUAUUGCCUAAAAACGUUCCCAAUCCAUUGAAAUAUACCAAACACAAAUGUAAUCCUUUAUGUGUUGAGUGGACAGCAUAUAGCUAUGAAAGAACAAGACAAAUCAGUAUGUUAACUAUUCCUUUGCAUUUUGGUUUUGUUAGGUAUCUAACACUAUUUAAUAACUCUCAAAAAUGUAUCCUAUACAGAACUCCGUGUGGUGUAACUAUUCGAAACAUGAAACAGAUGCUGGAAUAUCUUAUUGUUACCAAAAGCAAAAUGACUAUUGACCAAUUCGAUUUUAAUAGUUGGGUCAAACCAUUUUCAGAAUUUAAAAUUAUAAAAUAUGUGCAAUUUUUAAGAGAUAUAUCAGAGGGUAAGGAAUUUAGAGGCAUAACAUGUGUGAAUACUAUUGACAGUACAUUACCACCAAAAAUGGAUUAUAUGACUACUAGACAAGCGAUGCCAGGUGUUAACAUAAAUGUAGAGAGUGAUUUCUUAUGUGGUUGUGACUGCACUGACGACUGCCAAGAUAAAUCAAAAUGUGCCUGUUGGCAGAUGACUAUCGACGGACAAAAGAUUUUACCUAAUCUCUACAAAGACCCUAAUAUUGGUUACACUCAUCGGAGAUUGCCAGAACGAGUUUUAACUGGUAUUUAUGAAUGCAAUAAAACAUGUAAAUGUUCUAGUUCAUGUUUAAAUCGUGUUGUACAGAACCCAUUGUCACAAAAACUACAAUUAUUCAUGACGGAGAAAAAAGGAUGGGGUGUAAGAUGUUUAAACGAUAUACCUCAAGGAAGUUUUAUAUGCAUUUAUGUUGGUUAUUUAUUGACUGAAACUGAUGCUAAUGAAGGUGGCAAAAAUUAUGGCGAUGAAUAUUUAGCAGAAUUAGAUUAUAUUGAAGUUGUUGAAAAAAUAAAAGAAGACUACGAAAGUGAUGUACCUUACAGUGACCAUGAGAAUGAUUCUGAGAAGAAUCAAUCCGAAUCGUCUGAUGAACAAUAUCCUUCUACAUCUGAUGGCAAACGAACUGAAAUGACACUAAGGUUGCGCAAACGCAAAAAAUGUAAAACUAAAAAAGAUGGUAAACAUGUGCAUGUUUCAUCCAAAAUAAAUGCGCGUGAUAUGAAAAACAACCCUGUUCCUACAAAAUCAAUGCGUGAAUAUUUUGGAAACAACGAGAGUGUAUAUAUCAUGGAUGCAAAAACUAGUGGCAACAUUGGACGUUAUUUAAAUCAUUCAUGUUCUCCUAACACAUUUGUCCAAAAUGUAUUUGUGGAUACGCAUGACUUGCGAUUCCCAUGGGUAUCGUUUUUUGCACUCCAUUACAUUCAAGCUGGAACAGAACUAACUUGGGAUUAUAGCUAUGAUAUUGGAAGUGUUCCAGGAAAAAAGAUGAAAUGUCAUUGUGAGUCAGUUUACUGUAGAGGGAGAUUACUUUAAUUUUGUAAUUGACUAGUAUAAAGAGUAAAGAGUCUGAAACAAUAUAUAAUUAUUUUUAAAACAAUAAUCGAGUGAUUUAUUUUUCGUAUUUUGUUAUAAUUUUCAAGUAGUAUAUAAAAUAAUAAAUUAAA